AUGCUGCGGCUUCCCUCCGUCCUCAUCGCUCUCCUCCCGCUCCUGCUCGCGCUGGUCGCGCGACGGUGUGGUUGUCGCGCCGAGUUCGCGCAGCAGGGCCACUUCCAAGCGCGCACGAGGGACAUCGCCGCGGAGACGCACCGCGUGGUGCAGUUCCUGCCCGUCUUCUGGAUCAACCUGCGCGCCAGCGAGGACCGCCGCGCCUUCCAGCACCAGCAGCUCUUCAACGUGCGUCAGACGCGGGUAGAAGCCGUGGAGCCCACGUGGGAGCCGUACAGCCGCUUCGUCGUGCACAGCCCCGCCAGUCAUGAUUUCGCGAGCGAGAGCCCAAGCGGCGGCCGGGUGUGGUCCCGGGAGGAGGUGAGAGGCCUGCCGCAGUGGGGCGGGCCGGGGGCGUCCGGUCCGGCCGGCGCGCUCGCUCGGACACGCGUGGCAGCGCUGCUGUCGCACCUGAGGGCGGUUCGCGCCGCCUACGACAGCGGGGAGCCGCUCGCGAUGAUCAUGGAGGACGCCGCGGACUUCAAGCACGCGCCGAUAUGGACCAAGACGCUGCCCGAGAUCCUGAGUGCGGCUCCCGACGGCUGCGAGGCGCUGUUGCUGCACAACGCGCACGCCUUCGUGUCGGAGGUGUUUGCGCCCGCGGGCACGCUGUACGUGCCCGCCGCCAGCCAGUUGUCGUACGGCGCGAUGGCGUACGUCCUCACGCGCAGCGCGAUGCACGCGCUGCUCACGGCCGCGCACGGGACGGACUUCGAGAGCCGCGACGAGGCGUCGGCGCUGGUGUACCUCCCCACCAAGUGGUACGCGCCCGCGGACUUCGUGAUGGACAACGCGGGCGACGGCGCGUACGUCUACAUGCGGCCCCUCCUCGACCGCCUCCCCGUCCCCUCCACCGUCGACCCCUCACACCCCCCCCUCUCCUCCAGCUACGCCAUCAAGGGGACCGCGCACGUCGCCCUCUACUUCGCGCUGCGCUGGGAGCUCCACAGGCGCGCAGGGGGCUCGAACGCGCUCACCGCAGAGCAGGCGGCGAGCCUGGACGCGCGCGAGGUCGUCCGCGCGUGCGUGCCGCCGCUGUCGGUCGUGCAGCUGCAGCCGCGGUCCGUGGCGCGGGUGCUGCGGGCGGUGUCGCGGGAGCUGGGGAUCGACCCGCCGCUGGAGUUCCGGGAAGACAUGCUCGCGGACCACCCGCACGGGGACCCGCGCGUCAACAUGGACCCGGCAUGA